ACACGCAACGUACCCGCGCCCAGUCGCACCCGACUUCUAAGCGGAGUAGUUGUUUACAAACGGCAACCUUCAGCUGGUUGACGCUAUUCUGUCCCUUUAAAUGUUGUCUAUUUGAAGUUCUGUUGCACUGUGCGGUAUGGGAAGCCUAACGCCUGAAACAACCAGGAUCAUGGAUGAUCCAGAAACGCCAAAUAAGUUGGACACUGAGGCAGUUAACUUGCCUGAUUUGAGUUCAGCGAAGAAAAAUUAUCUUAACAAGUCCACAACACUUCCAGAAGGCUCAACAGUGGUGUCAGGGUGUUUGUCAACCGCAGUCUGACGCUGGGAAACAUCAAGUGCUAUGGCUUUGACAUGGAUUACACCCUGGCCAUGUACAAGUCCCCGGAGUAUGAAGCCCUGGGCUUUGAGCUGCUCAGAGACCGGCUGGUGUCCAUUGGCUAUCCCCACGAGCUGCUCCGAUACUCAUAUGACCCAGAAUUUCCCACCCGUGGGCUGGUGUAUGACACCAUGUAUGGGAACCUUCUGAAAGUGGAUUCCCAUGGCAACAUCCUGGUGUGCACUCAUGGUUUCACCUAUCUGAAAGGUGAGGAAAUCCAUGAGUACUACCCCAACAAGUUCAUCCAGAGAGAUGACACAGAGCGCUUCUAUAUUCUCAACACUCUUUUUAAUCUGUCAGAGACAUACCUGUACGCAUGCCUGGUGGACUUAUUCACCAACUGCACACGAUACAAAAACUGCGCGCGGGGAUUCCAGCAUGGAGAUCUCUUCAUGUCCUUCACAAGCAUGUUUCAGGAUGUCAGGGAUGCUAUGGAUCAUGUGCAUGACACAGGCUCCCUGAAGGAAAGAACCAUAAAGAAUUUGGAUAAGUACGUGGUGAAAGACCCGAGGAUCCCAAUUCUGCUGAGUCGUGUUAAAGAAGUGGCCAAAGUAUUCCUGGCAACAAACAGCGACUAUAGGUAUACCGAGGCCAUUAUGAUUUAUUUGCUAGAAGUCCCUGCUAGUCCAAGGACUAGCCAACCAAAGAGAUCCUGGCGGACUUAUUUUGACCUGGUUGUUGUGGACACACGGAAACCCUUAUUCUUUGGUGAGGGGACAGUUCUGAGGCAGGUGGACACGCUCUCAGGAAAGCUCCGCAUCGGGACAUAUACGGGAGAUCUGCAACACGGGACAGUCUACUCAGGAGGCUCCUCUGAUAUUGUGUGUGACUUGCUGGAUGUGAGGGGGAAGCAGAUUCUGUAUGUGGGAGACCAUGUCUUCACAGACAUCCUUAAGUCCAAGAAGCGGCAGGGCUGGAAGACGUUCCUAGUGGUGCCUGAACUCAUCAAGGAGCUCCAAGUCUGGACAGAUGAGAGAUAUUUGUUUGAGGAACUGAAGAGUAUGGAUAUCUACUUGGCUGAAUUCUACAAACAUCUGGACAGUGGUAGCCAAGAGCGCCCAGACAUCAGUGCCAUCCAGACCAGGAUGAAGAAAGUGACGUACGGUAUGGACUUGUGCUAUGGGAAGAUGGGCAGUUUGCUACGCUUUGGCUCGGCCAAGACGCUGUUCGCCAGCCAGCUGCUCCGCUACGCUGACCUGUACUCGUCCACCUGCCUCAACCUGCUCCACUACCCCUUCAGCUACGCCUUCAGAGCCCCUCUCGUCAUGAUGCCCCAUGAGUCGGCAGCAGACGCCAUCAAAGAACGCUCCUCCUCCUCAGAACACUCUCUGUUCAAUCACAUGCUGAAGAAGGUGGACGUCAAGAAACCCCACCCGGAGAACCCGAUAGCAUUAACUGAGACAUGAGGAUGUUUGUGUGUGUGUGUGUGUGUGUGUGUUAAUGUUCGAUGUUAAUAACAUUAGUAUGUAGUAUGAGUCUCUAUGUGUGUUUGUUGAGAGAGAGAGAGAGAGAGAGAGAGAGCGAGAGAGAGAGAGAGCGAUAAAGAGAGGAAGAGUGAGUGACCGCAUGUUUAGCAUUGAAUUGAAUUGAAGAUGAUUUUGUGCAGUAUGUUUACAUACAAGGGCUAGGAGAUGACCACCUUUUGUGCAUAGUGGACAUUUGGUUGUGUUAGUUUCAUACUAACCCCAGCUGAAUUAGCUAUGAGUCUGUGACUGUAUUUUCAGAAUAGUUGUUGCUUAAUAUAAGGAAAUUGAGUUUAAUUGAAGUUAGUGUGUUACAUUUGUUACAAUAAAUUAACAAUACGUUUGUUUGA